UUAUUUUGAAGUGCAACGUCCGGGCGCGUCUGUUCUGGGGUAAUUUCCUCUCACUUCACAGUCUGCUCACAGUAUCGGAUUUGAUAAAAACAUCCGAGUGUCAAAAUCCUGGUGAAUUUAUUUACACACAUAUAACCAGUGAGUUUGUGGAUCAUGCUGGGAGACUCAAAAACACAGCAGCCCAUCAUCAUCGAAUGACAGACACUGAGACCCUCUGAAUCUGUAGAAAUAAUUAUCGUGUUGUUUUGUGUUCAGUGCCGGACUGCGGCCCCGGGGCCUCCUGCUGCGAUCUUCAUCACUUUAAGUGGUCGUCUGAGGAUGUCUGCUUUGUUUAUCAUUCACUGCUCUUCAUGCCUGUUUCAGGUAGGAAGUGCCUAGGGGGAAGGUCACUGAGGAGUGAUGCCUGUUGAAAGUGGAAACAGCGCAGCCGCCCGUCAAGUCAAACAGAAGCGCAAGUCGCACAGUCUCUCCAUUCGGAGGACCAACAGCACCGAGCAGGACAGACCAGGCAUGCAGAGAGACAUGCUGGAGGGCCAGGACUCUAAGUUGCCGAUGGCCAUAAGGAGCAACCUAAUGGAUCUAUUCGGACAGAUUGAACGUGAAUUUGAAAAUCUCUACAUUGAAAACUUGGAGUUGAGGAGAGAGAUUGAUUCGCUGAAUGAACGUUUGGCUGGAGAGGGACAGACAGUCGAUGGAGGCGAUCUCAGCAAAGGAGCCUUGAAAACAAAAGCUAGUCACAGUACAAGUCAACUGUCCCAAAAACUAAAGACAACAUACAAGGCCUCAACAAGCAAGCGCUCAAAUUCUUUCCCGGGGAAAGUAGGUGGACCUCGCAACUUCAAUGUGGGGAACUGGGAGUUAUGGGGUGGAGACUCAUGGAUCGUGUCCAGUUUCAAAGCAACCACGUCACGUGCGGUCUGUCAACUGGCGAAGGAAUAUGUGGGUCACAGAGACGGGAUAUGGGAUCUGGCCGUGACUCGGGUUCAGCCGCUAGUUCUGGGCACGGCCUCAGCCGAUCACUGUUCAAUGCUGUGGAGUAUUGAGACUGGGAAAUGUCUGUUAAAAUACGUCGGUCAUGCUGGAUCAGUAAACUCCAUUAAGUUCCACCCUACAGAACAGAUGGCACUUACAGCGUCCGGGGACCAGACUGCACACAUCUGGCGUUACAUGGUACAGCUGCCACUUCCCCAGCCGCCAGCUGACAUCAGUGCCUCGCUGGACGAUGACGUGGAUUUCUCAGAUAAAGACGAGGCCGACGGGGAGGUGGAUGGGCCCAGUGAAUGCCCCACCAUCCGUGUUGCCACGACAACCUUGAAAAGCCACCAGGGGGUGGUGAUUGCAGCUGAUUGGCUGGUGGGAGGAAAGCAGGUGGUGACUGCAUCCUGGGACCGCGCUGCCAAUCUUUAUGAUGUAGAAACCUCUGAAUUGGUGCACACCCUCACAGGUCACGAUCAAGAGUUGACCCACUGCUGUACUCAUCCCACACAGCGCCUGGUGGUGACCUCAUCCAGGGACACAACCUUCCGCCUCUGGGAUUUCAGAGAUCCUUCCAUCCACUCGGUGAAUGUCUUCCAGGGUCACACAGACACUGUGACGUCAGCCGUUUUCACUGUGGGGGACAACGUGGUGUCUGGAAGUGACGAUCGCACCGUCAAGGUGUGGGACCUGAAGAACAUGAGAUCUCCGAUUGCUACCAUCCGCACCGACUCGGCUGUUAAUAGGAUAAGCGUCUCAGCGAACCAAAGAAUCAUUGCUCUACCGCAUGACAACAGACAGGUCAGGCUAUUCGACAUGAAUGGGGUUCGUCUGGCUCGCCUUCCACGGAGCAAUAGACAGGGUCAUCGUCGGAUGGUGUGCUGCUCGGCGUGGAAUGAAGAAAAUCAAGCCUGUAAUCUCUUCACUUGUGGCUUCGACCGCCAGGCCAUCGGCUGGAGCAUCAACAUCCCUGCCCUGCUACAGGAUAAGUGACGGGCUGGCACCCGCAUCCCACGUUUGCACAGUUUUACACGCGUAUACAAGCUUAGCACAGCCCAUCCGCACAAUCGCCACUGAAUCCUCUGAAACGUGUGCUUUGGUGCAACACCUGCAGUAGAUUUACUUCAUAUACGAUACGAUUCAGUGCUUCAUACCAGUUGCCGUCUCCUGUCUCGCGGGUCAUCCUGUCAUGCUUUGAACAGUGUGUGUGUGCUAUCGACAUCAGCGGACAACAACAGGCUUCAAAGAACAGCUGAUGUUUAAUACCAUAGUCCUUCUGCAUAUCUACGCUGUCUUCUCUGAGGUCAUAUAGUGUGGUGAAGUCUUGUUACCCUGUUUUUGCAUGAUUCAAGCUGGCAUUCGUGAAUUCUGAGAGAUUGGGGCAUUAUUAAAACCUUUGGUUGCUGUUACGUUCAAAUAAUUUUACACUUUAGCUGUGUUUUUGUUGUGCAAUGUGUUCAGUUUGUACAGAUAGCAUUUUAUUUUACGAUAGCAUUUUAGAAUUUUUUCUUGGUUUCGGCUUCGCUUUGUAUAGAGACGAGCCUUCAAAAGAAACCUUAGAGCACUCUGCCUUUGUGAAAGAAAAUCUGCAAUCACAUUUACGGAUCCGCACCUUCCCGACGUUCUGAUUGGAACCGUCGUUCACGCGGCCAAUCAGCUUCUUUCAGUAUCGCCGCAGUGCAUUUGCAUGAUAAAUCCAGCUCUUUGUCAAAUGUGAAGCGAAAUGCUGUAUAAUUGCUGUCGAAUCUUGUUCUUCACCUAUUUGAAAACAACAACAAAAAGACAUUGUAAGUAGUAGUUUGACUGUUUAUAGAGUACUGAAAAUUGAUGUUUGAUGUUUCAUUGAAAUGGCUUUUAAGUCUGCUAUACUUAAGAAUAAAGAGGUUUUCAGCUGUGUUCAAUAUUGAAAUAUUUGUCGGUAAUUAUUGGACCAAAUGUUGUCGGUGACGUUCUCAAUGCUACUGAUCCUUGAUAGGUUUGCAGAUAUGUACAUUAGACUCUGUGUGAUGUAUGUACAGAAAAAAGCAUCACUGCAGAUGCUGUCGGUCAUUUACGUGACUUGUUAUUAGGUUGUUAUAGUUCAGUAAUGCAGUGAUUAUACUAAUUAUAACCAAAACUACAUGAGUAGAAAUGCAGGUGGAAAACUAUUAUCGUAUUUUUCCAUGUAAACAGGUCAGUAAGUUCCACGAAAAAGAUGUUCAUGAUGUAAUAUUUGUAUGAUCUUCAUUUUAACGGACUCUCCGUAUUUGACAGAGAUGAAAUGUAUGUAAAACGGCAUAUAAAUGGCUUUUACUCAACUGUCAAUGAGCUACAAUCAUGCACACAUUUGACUCAGAAUGUUUUGUAAAAAUGUUGUAGAUCUGACUUGUAUAACAAUCUGUUGGGUAUUCGGUAUUGAGCCAUUUCUUAUUUUUCUUCUAUUCAAGAGUAACCUCAUUUACUGUAUUGGAAAAACUAUGUAUUGCAGCUUAAGACAAUUUAGAAAUGUAAAGUAGAAUCAAUAAAAAUCAUUCACUGCCUGGCUUCAGAAUAAAGUGACAUUUUUCAAUAGUCA